AUGGUAUGUACAAAAGGUGAGUUAUCAGAAUCUGAGUCUUUCUUCAAUUUCAUUAGAGCUGUUGAUCCCCAAAACGUGCUUAACAUUACAUGGAAUGAGUCACCAUCGCAUCCAUGCUUGGUCAAGUUCAAUGGUAUAAGAUGUAACUCAAAUGCUACCAAUAUUGUGCAGAUAAGGCUUGAAAACUUGAACCUUAGUGGCAUAAUCCAUGCAGAUUCCCUAUGCAGGCUAAAAGAACUUAGAGUGGUGAGCUUAGCUAAGAAUAACAUUAGAGGAACCAUUCCACACUCAAUUUUACACUGUACAAGGUUGACACAUUUAAAUGUAAGUAGCAAUCAAUUGAGUGGGAGGUUGCCAAAAGCCUUAACAAAGUUAAAACAUCAUAAGAACUUAGACAUCUCUAACAAUAAUUUUUCUAUUAAGAUCCCAAGUAAACAAGAAUAUAGGCGCCUUAUUACUUAUUAUGUUACUCCAAGAAAGUCAGAACGCAACACUACAAAAGAGUGGCUAAAGGAAAAUGAAACCUUGUUGGCCUUAGUUUUGGGCACUGGAUUGCUUUUGUCAUCCCUUUACUUUAUGAUCAGGAAAUCAUCACAGUUCAAUGAAGAGAAACAGGUAGAGAAAGGCCAUCAUCAUCGUGUGUCUCCAAUAAAAGAGGCUACAACUCAUGAGAUUCAAGAAGUGAAGCAAAAGGAAGGAGAUUCAGAACUUGUGUUCUUUGUUGAAGAUCGAGAAAGGUUCACACUAGAGGACCUUCUUCGAGCCACAGCUGACUUAAGAAGUGAAAGCUUUUCCAGCAGCCUUUACAAGGUGAAACUGGAGAAUAAUGUGAACUAUGCAGUCAAAAGAUUGAAGAAUUUGCAGGUAUCCUCUGAAGAAUUUGGUGAAACGUUAAGGAAGAUAAGUAAUUUGAAGCACCCAAAUAUCCUCCCCCUUGUUGGUUACCGUUCUACCACUGAGGAAAAACUCAUCAUUUACAAAUAUCAAAGCAAUGGAAGCCUGCUUAAUCUAUUAAACGAUUAUAUAGCAGGUAGAAAAGAUUUCCCAUGGAAGCUACGUCUCAAUAUAGCAUGUGGCAUUGCACGGGGUUUGGCCUUCAUAUACCGAAAGUUGGAAGGAGAAGAGGCCAUUCCACAUGGAAAUCUUAAGCUAUCAAAUAUCCUUCUUGAUGACAACAAUGAACCAUUAAUAAGUGAGCAUGGUUUAUCAAAAUUCUUGGACACAAAUACAGGUUUCCUCUUUUCCUCACAAGGGUAUACAGCUCCUGAAAAGAGCUUAACAGAAAAGGGUGAUGUGUAUAGCUUUGGAGUGAUCCUCUUGGAACUACUAACAGGAAAAAGCAUAGAGAUUAGUAGAAUAGACCUUGCAAGAUGGGUCACGUCCAUGGUGAAGGAGGAAUGGACAGGAGAAGUAUUUGACAAAGAGGUUAAGGAAAAAGAACAUCAAUGGGCAUUUCCACUGCUAAAUAUAGCCCUUGUAUGUGUGUCACGUUUCCAAGAAAAUAGGCCUACCACUGGAGAGAUUUUGGAGAAGAUAGCAGAAGUGAUGGAUGAACAUGAUCAACAUCAAGAACGUUUUGCUUCAAGAUGUUGUUCUAAUGGAUCCAACCGUGAUGAAUGUUGUUCACUUCACAAGAUCAUACCUGAAAGUUGGGAUUCUCCAGGAUCAAAUUAUUGA